GGUCUAUCGGAUAAGAUUCUCGAGUCGGAGCUCUCAUACGUGCCUCUGGCUGACCGAGUCAGUGCCAUCAAUGGGUUGCUACAAAAGAGAGCGCUUCAGCUGUUCAAAUCGGGUGAUACUCUCCUGUACAAGCACGUCAGCCAAGACCAAGCCGUGCAGUUCAAGGGGUUGAGUCCAGAAGAUCUCCUUCUGUAUCAAGCUAUUAAGCAAGCGGGCAAUGCAGGCAUAUGGACGCGGGACAUGAAGACUCGCACCAAUCUGCAGCAGCCGCAGAUCACCAAGAUCAUAAAGACGCUGGAGGGCAGGAAGCUGAUCAAGGCAGUCAAGUCGGUCAAUAACAAGAGUCGCAAGCUCUACAUGCUGUAUGAGCUCGAACCAUCCCGGGAGGUGACAGGAGGCGCAUGGUACACCGAUGCUGAAUUCGACGCCGAGUUCAUUUCGGCUUUAAGGCAGCUGUGCCUGACACACAUCGUCAAGCUGGGAGGCGAUACGCUCGAAGGGGUGGUGGAGGCCGUGAGGAGGGCUGGCAGUGGGGGCAGGGAGGACCUGAGAAUGGAAGACUUUAGACAGGUCAUCAGCACUCUUGUCUUUGAUCGAGAGUUGGACGUCUUCAUCAGCACUGGCUCUGGCAAGGACUCCCGCUUCCCCGUGGGAGCAGAGGUGUACCGGCCAUCGAGGUCUCGAGCUCCAGAAUCAUCCGCAUUCACCAACAUACCCUGCGGCGUCUGCCCUGUUAUCAACGAGUGCUCGGAUGGAGGCAUAAUGUCUCCUCAAACGUGCGUCUACUUUCAACAGUACCUCAACUUCUAG